CAUAAAUAGCCUUGUUUACAACUCUAAAACAUAUAGCCCGUGUCGUCAAGCCAGUACUGGGCCGAUCUCAUCUCCCGCAUUGCCCAUUGUCCACAACCAGAAAAAGUCUGAAGAAGAAAAGAAACUCUGUGUCUCUCUCUUAAUUUUGUGUAGUUUCAAUUGUACACUGUAACCAGAUCUCUCUCUCUCUAUUGGAAUUCCAACUUCGAAUCAAUAUUUUUUACUGUACAACAUCCACAAUCCUCUAAAAUGUCCACACCAGAAUCCGAAUUGCAAAAUGGAGCAGUACCAGAACAAGAACAAGAACAAGAACCAGAAUCGCAAUUGGAUGCAUUGCCGCAAGAAAUUGACCUAGAAUCGUCAAAUCAUGCUCCUGAGACUCAAUCAGAAGUAUCACCGGAACCGGAAUCUCAAUCUGAAUCACAAGUUACGGCUGCUGCUGCUGCUGCUGCUGCUGCAGAUUUCAAAGCGGAGGAGCCUAAACUAGCAUCGAUCCAAGUAAAUGGAACGGAUACAGCCCAAUCCAACGGUCAAAUUGCGCAUCCUGAGCUUCGGAAAGACGAAGAAGGGAGCCGAACUUUUACAAUGAGAGAAUUGCUUAGUGAAUUAAAAAGCGAUGAGACAGACCACGUCUCCACUCCUCAUAGUCAACAAAGCACACCGCAUCUUCAAUCAGAUCAAAAUAAUGCAGCGAUGGAAUUGAUUAAUAGUGUGACCGGCGCCGAUGAGGAAGGUCGCUCUCGCCAAAAGAUUCUUACCUUUGCUGCCAGAAGAUAUGCGAGUGCAAUUGAGAGAAAUUCAGAAGACUAUGAUGCACUAUACAAUUGGGCAUUGGUUCUUCAGGAAAGUGCGGAUAAUGUUAGUCCAGAUUCUACUUCACCUUCUAAAGAUUCAUUGCUCGAUGAGGCCUGUAAAAAAUACGAUGAGGCUACCCGUCUCUGCCCUACACUCCAUGAUGCUUUUUAUAACUGGGCUAUUGCAAUAUCUGAUCGUGCAAAAAUGCGUGGUCGUACAAAGGAGGCGGAAGAAUUGUGGAAGCAGGCAACAAAGAAUUACGAAAAAGCUGUUGAACUUAACUGGAACAGUCCUCAGGCACUUAACAAUUGGGGCCUUGCAUUGCAGGAACUAAGUGCAAUUGUUCCUGCACGAGAAAAGCAAACAAUUGUCAAAACUGCGAUUAGUAAGUUCCGUGCAGCAAUCCAGUUGCAAUUCGAUUUCCACAGAGCAAUUUACAAUCUUGGGACUGUUCUUUAUGGAUUAGCAGAGGAUACCUUAAGAACUGGAGGUGCAACCAACCCUAAGGACGUUUCCCCUAAUGAGCUAUAUAGCCAGUCAGCUAUUUAUAUUGCGGCUGCUCAUGCAUUGAAACCAAAUUACUCGGUUUACAGCAGUGCUUUGAGACUUGUACGUUCAAUGUUACCCUUGCCAUAUCUUAAAGUUGGUUAUUUGACUGCACCACCGGCAGGCGAACCAAUUGCACCACACAGCGACUGGAAGAGAUUAGAAUUUGUCUUGAACCAUGAAGGCCUUCAGCAGGCUAACAAACUGGAUCAAAAACAAAUAGCGCAAGGCCUCUCUGGCAGAGCAGAAACAAACGGUGACAAAAAGACUAUCAAAGUCGAAGUUCCAGAUAUUGUUUCUGUGUCAGCAUGUGCUGAUCUGACUUUGCCACCUGGUGCAGGCCUAUGUGUCAACACAAUUCACGGGCCAAUUUUCUUGGUUGCCGACUCGUGGGAAUCACUAGAUGGAUGGCUUGAUGCAAUUCGAUUAGUUUAUACAAUAUAUGCACGGGGUAAGAGUGAAGUCCUAGCAGGUAUAGUCACAGGCUGAUUAUAGCUAUGGGUUAUAUGCUAUGACCACAAUAUAUUUAUCAAGAUUUAGAGUUAAUGUAUUAUGAUUUGAUCAUUUGAAUUAUGUAUAUUGUAUAAAUUUUGGUCUAGAGUAAUGUUUGGAACUUUUUCUCUGAAGCAAUUGAUCAUAUGUACAUUCCUUUUGUUUUAUACCAAGUAAUAUUGUGGACUUGCUUGUACCAUAAA